ACUAAAAAAAUUAUAUUUGAAUUUAAUUCUGGUGUUGAUAAGUUUUAAAGUUAUGAUUUAUGUAUAUUUCAGUGAAGGUGAAUCUUUUAAUCAUGUAGCAGCACUCAUGUACGCCCUUGAGGACAUCAGCCACAAACGUGCCGAGGGACUGGAUGCAUGCACAUCAGGUCACAAGUGGAAAGAGCCCCGGAAGAGGCGACUAUCACUGAAAAAGUCACAAGAUCUACUGUUCAAGAAACACAAAUUUAAUGAUGAACGUAAAGAUGAACAUGUACAGUCACCAAAGCCCAAAGUAAGAACAGUAAAGCAAGUGGACACCAAAACAUUUGCCGAUAAACUAGAGAAGGUAAAUCCCCAUGCCUAUUGGCUUCUAUCAACAUAUAAGACUGUUCAGUCAUCAGAGCAAAUUAAAGUAGGUUCAGUGACAAAGUGUUACCAUGACCAUGUUAAUUUGGAUUCUGACACAGUGAGAAAUGAGCUCAAAGAAGAAAUGAACAAGAUCAUAGUGUCACAAGCAGAUAUUGAAAGAAUUGAAAGUCAAACUAAAGGACAGGCUAAAAAUGAAAAGUGGCAUCAAGCCAGGAAAAAUCUUCUGACUUCUUCCAAUUUUGGUCUUGUAUGCAAAAAAAGGACAAUACUCCACCAGAGUCUAUUCUGAAGACAGUGCUAUCCUACAAUGACUUUUCAUCAAAGGCUACU